AUGUCAGAGGAAGAAACACAACAAGUUGAUUCAUUUGAAACACUCAAAGAAGAGAAUUUGAAAUUAAAAGAAGAGAAUGAAAGACUAAAGAAUCAACUCCAACUUAUGAAUGAAAAAAUCAAAUCAAGAGAAGACCUUGUACAAAAAGAAGAGGAGCUUAAUAAGAAACAAAAAGAAGAAAAUAUCAGACAAAGUAAUGUUUUGAAAGAAUUACAACAAUCUGAACGAGAAAAGAUAACAGAGAUUGAAAAGAAUACAUCAGAAUUAACAGAUUUAAAAGCCACGUUUUUAAACGAAAGUAUUAAAACUAAAGAGUUAGAACAACAAUUGGUCGAAAAGAAUAAAGAACUCGAGAAAAGGCAAAAAAGUAUUAAAACCAUGGACGAAUUUUAUCGUGAGAGUCUAAAGAAUGUUGAGAAUAAAGAAAAGUUGCUUAAUGAACAAAAAGUUAUAUUUGAAGAACGAAACGCAAAGCUCAGAAAACAGAAUGAUGAAAAUGAUAAAUUGUUCCAAACAAAUACUUCACUCCAAUUCGAGUUGGUUAAGUUGAAAAGCAUUCUUGAAGAGAAAGAAAAGGACUUGAAUUCAUCAAUUCAAUUUUUCGAUUCGGAGAAUAACAAAAUAGCAGAAAGAAACAGAGUUUUGUAUGAGGAUGAGCAAAAUUUUGUUAAUACCAAGAAAACAACUAAUCUACAAGAAAAUGCCAAGUAA